AUGUCUGGCAAGGGCAGCGGCAAGUCUAAGUCUGGCAAGGCCUCCGGCGAUGCGCCUACGAAGGGUCAGUCUCGUUCGGCGAAGGCGGGUCUUCAGUUCCCCGUUGGUCGUGUCCACCGUCUCUUGAAGAAGGGCAACUAUGCGCAGCGUGUUGGUGCCGGUGCGCCGGUCUACCUUGCCGCCGUCCUUGAAUACCUUGCGGCGGAGAUUCUUGAGCUCGCGGGUAACGCGGCGCGCGAUAACAAGAAGCAACGUAUUGUGCCCCGUCAUUUGCAGCUUGCCAUUCGUAACGAUGAGGAGCUGAACAAGCUCCUCGGCAACGUUGUCAUCUCCCAAGGUGGUGUCGUACCCUUCAUCAACCCCGAGCUUCUGCCGAGCAAGACGCAAAAGGGGAAGAAGGAGGGUGCGGCAGACGCAGAGCGCAAGGGCGGGGACGGGAAAGCGUUCUUGUCCGGCGCGUUCACCGCGCAAGGCGGUGGCACGGGCAGCGACCUGCGAUGGCCGAGGGGGAGAGCGCAGGGGAUGACGUCAGAGCACGUGUGGCGGGUUGCCGUCGGCGGGUGGGGCACGAACGACACCCCGCCCGAUUCCGCCCCAGUCGCUGCGCUGCUCUUCGCGCUGCCACCGCGCUCUCCACCGCCCACCUUCCACCCUUCGCGACGCCCCCCUUCCCUCCCCGUCGCUCUCUUCCGCCCACCACCUUCUCCCUCCUCGCCGCCCUCCUCCCCUGGCGCGCAUACAUCAGGCCUCUGGAUUCACUACUCUCUCCACGGCCUCAUCGAUCCCGCUAUGACUGCUCGCCCAUCCAUGAGCAAUCCAGCCGGCGCGUCUUCCACCUCCUCCCCUACUGCUGGCACUGGGCCCACGAACGACGACAUCGAGGCCGUCAUCCAGAUGGCUAUGGCCUCUUCAUCCGCGCCUCGCGUCACAAACCCGCCGCGCGAUACCCGUACACAGCUCUAUGUAGGAAACCUCCCAUACCGCGUGCGAUGGCAAGACCUUAAAGACCUCUUCCGGAGAGCCGGAACUGUUUUGAGGGCCGACGUCUCAUUGGGUCCCGACAACCGUUCGAGGGGCUACGGCACCGUUCUACUCGCAACGGCCGAGGAUGCAGGACGAGCGGUCGACAUGUUCAAUGGCUACGCAUGGCAGACGCGCACACUCGAAGUCCGCCCGGACCGCAUGGGUGAGGAGUUGGGUCCGGGUGUACCGGGGUUCCCCAUGCCGGGAGCGGUAGGCUCAGGCAUUGCAAACGCGUCCCUCGGAGUCGGCAUCUUUGGCAGUCCUAUUUUGGGGAACAUGUCGCCAGCGGCCGGGUCGCUGAGUGGAAACGGGUCGCCAGCGGUUACAUCUGCGCUUUCCUCUCCCGCACCAGGUCAUCCCCGUUUCCCCGCGUGGGGAGUGGGGGAGGAUGAGUUUUCAAUACGAACUGAAUCAACUGUCCAAGCCAGUAGAAAUCUGUUUGUCGGCAACCUACCAUUCCACAUUCAAUGGCAAGACCUCAAAGACCUGUUCAGACAAGCGGGGGCCGUGCAACGUGCCGAUGUCGCACUAGGCGCCGACGGACGCUCGAGAGGAUUUGGCACUGUAAGCUUCUCCAACGAGACGGAUGCUGAGAGGGCUGUCAAGAUGUUCAAUGGGUACGAGUACAAUGGAAGGCCACUCAAAGUCCACUUUGACAAGUUUGCGCCUCCUGCCAGCUCGUCAGCACCACUAGUCGGGCCAACCGCCGUCUCCGCCCCACACUCUCCAGCCUCCUUCGUCUUCCCAGGCUCGAACUCAUCUGCUUUCAGUACGCCGGGUGGCGUGUAUGCGCAACCGUCUCUCGCGCGCGCGUCUUCGCUGGCGCAGCAGCUACUCCAAUCACAGCUUGAACAAAGCCGAGGCCAAAUAUCUUCACGGCGAAGUAAUCUUGGUUACGGCGCCCCAGGGUACGAAGAAGGAUCUCGCAGUGCUGGAGCCGAAUCGGAAGCAACCUUGGUCUUGCAGCUUGCUCAGCAGCUUUCCCUCGGGUCGUCGGCACAUUCUCACGAGCAAGAGGUUCAACGGCCUAGUCAAACAUACGCCAGUCAUGCUCAUCCGACCCACAUAUCUAUUCCCGCCGCGAUACAGUCGCCCUACACAUUCGACUUCCUCCAUUCAGGACCGCGGACACCCUACGACAUCUACGACCUGAACUCGUAUCACCAACGACUCAGUGCCGGAGGUUACGUCGCCGCUCCGCAGCCCCAGGAGCAAUCGCAAUAUUCAACAGCGAAUCAAGCUCGACCGGCUUCUCAAAGAGAUUCGCCUUCGAUGAAUUCCGCCGCCCAUCAGGACACCUCCCCCGACAGCGCGGUGCUCAGCACUUCCUCCCCCUCCCAAUCUGCCGCGUCGUCUUCAGCAAGCCCUCCCGGUGCCUCAACACAGGCCACUUCUCCCGCAUCUUCCACCUCCCGCUCCCAUCCUACACCCCAGCAAACCCAGCACCAUCCUGCCCAUCCAGGACCUAUCGCGCUUCCUCCGCCACCUCCUGUGACCGCUUUCCCCGUCCCCCCUCCCCACACACUAUCCCCUCAGUACAUUGGGUCGCCGAUAGGCCACCCGAUGAGCCCAAUGCACCACCCGCUCAUGGGCAUGUCAAUGCCCAUGAUGACCCCACACGGACUGCCACCCAUCACGCCCAGCAUGCCCUCCUUCACCUUCCUCCCGCAACUCUCACCAGGCCUGCCGUCGCCCGCAGGGGAUCCGUCCGCCGGGACCGCGAUGGGGCCCAUGGCGCACCACAUGGCGCACGUCAUGGCGGCGACCCCCUACGCCCCCUUCUCCCCCGGGGUGACGAUGAGCCCCGGCGCGUUCUGGGGCCGCCCCGGGUCCGGCGCGAACCCGCUCAUCAACACCGCGGUCGGCGCGCCCGUCCGCGGGGGCUACUACGGCUUUCCCAUGCAGACCCCUCCCAUGCCGCAGCCGCAGACGGCGCAGGAUGACGGGACGGCGCGCCCCGACGGCUACUUCCCCCCGGUCUCGCAGUCCCCCGCGCCCGGGGAGCCCGCGGGGUACUUCCCAUGGGUGCCGCCCGCGCAGCACCAGCAGCAGCAACAGGCACAGACGGGGUACGAGCGCUCGAGCGGGCUCGCUCACGAGAUCCUCCGGGACCACAACCACGACCACCACGACCACGAGCGGGGCGCGGGCUCGGGCGACGGCGAGGCGCGCGGGUCCCCGGGGGAGUCGGACGGGACGACGGCGCGGACGAGCACUGGCGGGCCCGCGACGGGCUCGUCGCGCGGCACGAGCUGGCACUCGCACUCGGACGCGGAGGAGGCGCGCGAGAAGGCGCAGGUGCGGGCGCUCGCGCGGGCGGGCGUCGCGGUGAGCGAGCACGCGAUCGCGGGCGACGGGGAGUGCGUGCAGGGCGGGGAGGGCGAGGUGAACGGAGGCGGUAGCGGGAGCGGGAACGGGCACGGGAAGCCGAGGGCGUACUCGGCGGAGAGCGCAGGGUGGAGCGCGAAGGGCACGCUCGCGAGGGCGGACUCGGACCCGAUCAAGAGGGUGUUGCGAGGCGGCGCGUGA